UCUUCCUCCUCUCAUUUUUCCACUUAGUUUUCUCACAGAGAUCUGGAGACUGCGGAAGCUGCUGGCCACUGAAGAACAUGUCUACCUCUGCUUCAUCAAACCAUGUUUGCUAUGUUCACUGCAACUUCUGCAAUACAAUUCUUGUGGUGAGUGUGCCUGGAAUCAAUAUGUGCUCCAUUAUGACAGUGAGGUGCGGGCACUGUUCCAAUUUACUUUCAGUAAAUAUGGGAGGUUUUCUCCAGUCAGUACCUGCAGGAUUUCUUGACCUUCAGAAAUUUCAGGGCCACAAUGUUGGGCCUGAUGGCUUACAUUUGGAACGAGAAUCAUCUUCAAGAUGCAACAAGAUUUCACUCUUUGAUUCGAUGGGCAAUAACCAGCCAGACAAAAUACCAACUCAUGUAUCAGAGAAGAGGCAACGUGUUCCUUCAGCAUAUAAUAGAUUUAUCAAAGAGGAGAUAAGAAGACUAAAAACCACCAAUCCAGACAUAAGCCAUAGGGAGGCCUUCAGUGCUGCAGCAAAGAAUUGGGCACAUUUUCCACAUAUCCAUUUUAGUUUAAACCAUGGCGCUAACAAGCAUGUGAAGAUUGAUGAUCCUAUUGCAUCUCAAGGGAGUCAAGAUUCUCAAAGUUAUUAUUGACAACAUAGAAUAAAUGUGAGUUGAUUUUAAAUAAAUGUGUAUCUACCAUGCAUUCUAUGAGGAAUAAAUGAACCAUAUAGGUUGCAUUGUUUGAUGUUUUCAAAUCUAGUUUUAUUAUACAAUAUAUCAAUUGGUCCUCCGAAACACUGUAAUUUUCUUCUUACUGGAGUUUAUGUAG